AUGGACCAACUGAUUCCCAUUAUUAACAAACUUCAGGAUGUGUUUAGUGCGAUUGGUCAGUCGCCUAUUAAUUUACCACAAAUUGUGGUGAUUGGCAGCCAAAGCAGUGGCAAAUCGUCCGUGUUAGAAAAUAUCGUUGGAAAAGACUUUUUACCGCGUGGUUCAGGGAUCGUAACACGUCGUCCUCUCAUUUUGCAACUUUAUAACUCAUCGAUAACUGGUUCAGUAGAGAAUGAAGCUCAAGUUGAAGAAUGGGGCGAGUUUCUGCAUAUGCCUGGACAGAAAUUUACCGACUUUAAUGAGAUUCGUCAAGAAAUUGAGAAGGAAACGGAUCGUUUGACAGGCAAAAACAAAGGAAUUAGUAAUAAGAGCAUCAACCUCAAGAUCUUUUCGCCUCAUGUACUAAAUCUUACGCUUGUGGAUUUACCAGGUAUUACCAAAGUACCAGUUGGUGACCAGCCCGUGAACAUUGAAGAACAGAUCCGAGACAUGUGUACUGAGUUUAUUACGAACCCAAACUCUAUUAUCUUGGCUGUCACAUCGGCCAAUACGGACUUGGCGAAUAGUGAUGCACUCAAGAUGGCACGGGAAAUUGAUCCAGAUGGACAACGUACCAUUGGAGUUCUCACUAAAUUGGACCUCAUGGACGCUGGUACCGAUGCAAUGGACAUGCUACAAGGACGUGUGAUCCCACUUAAAAGAGGAUACGUGGGUGUUGUGAAUCGCAGUCAAGCGGACAUUAACUCGAAACUGUCGAUUCGAGAAAGCUUGGUAAAAGAACAAAACUUUUUCAAGAUGCAUCCGUCGUACCGAGCCAUUGCGUCGAGGAUGGGAACGCAGUAUUUGUCCAAGACGCUCAAUACGAUCCUAAUGCACCACAUUCGGGACUGUCUUCCGGACAUUAAAUCAAAGAUCAGCAGUAUGGUCAAUGAUCUUGAUCAAGAGCUCGGCGAGAUGGGGUCCCCUACGGAACAGAUGACGGCCACCGAAAUGGGUGGCUGUCUGCUGAAUCUGCUGUCGCAUUUUUCGAGUAAUUUCACCAAUUCACUGGACGGACGCAACCACCAGCUUGUGGAAAUGGACGAACUUUACGGCGGCGCGCGCAUCAAUUACAUUUUCAAUGAGAUCUUUUCCAAGUCUCUGCGUGAGGUGAAUCCGUUCGACGGACUCAGCGAUGAGGAUAUUCGUACUACCAUUCGAAACGCCAACGGCCCACGUCAAUCGUUGUUUGUUCCAGAAGUAUCUUUUGAGCUACUAGCGAAACGUCAGAUCAGUCGCUUGGAACAACCUGGUUUGCAGUGCGUGGAUCUUGUCUUCGACGAGCUGCAGCGCGUAACGUCACAGUGUGAGACAAUUGAGCUGACGCGCUUUCCUGAACUGCGCGACCGCGUCAUGGAAGUAGUCAAUGGCAUGCUGCGUGGGUCGUUGAUCCCAACGCAAGCAAUGAUUCAAAACCUCAUUCGAAUCGAGCUGGCCUACGUCAACACAAAUCACCCUGAUUUUAUCGGUGGUAGUCGUGCGGUGGCUCAGCUAAUGGAAAAAAUGCAACGCGAGACGAUGGCAUCGGCUGGAGCACCUAAUCAGGAUCCGCGGCGCCCGGGGCAGGCAUUAAAGCAGAACACAGCUCUUGCGGGUCCAGCAGAGGAGAAACACGAAGGAAACGGUCUCAUGUCCUUCUUUGGGGGUGGUCGAAAGAAAAGCGGUGCGGAUGCUCAGGUAAGCUCAAAGUUGCCGGUCGUCAAACUUCCUCAGGUACCCGUGAGCAUGCGCCAAGGCGAUAACCCGACUGACAGGGAACGCAUUGAGACGGAAAUUAUUAAGAGUCUGCUCGCGUCGUACUUUGAUAUCGUGCGGAAAAAUUUCCUCGACUUGGUGCCAAAGACCAUUAUGUGCUUUAUGGUGGGACACUCAAAGGAGAACAUUCAGAAUGAGUUGGUUUCGUCCCUGUAUCGUGAGGAUAAACUGUACGAGCUGUUGGCAGAGACAGGUGAUAUUGCAUCGCGGCGCUCCAACUGUGACGAGAUGCGAACGCUUCUCCAGCGUGCUCUUGCGAUCGUGAAUGAGGUUCGUGACUUCAAUACGUUUAAGUGA